AUGGGUGCUUCUUACCAGAAGGCGCGCACAGCGCGCACAGACAGCGGAUUUGGCAGUGAGACUUCGGACGAGCCAGCACAGCCAGCACACAGAGCGCAAAUGGAGCCAGACUCGGGCUCCCCAAGAAGUGACCGAAGUGACCCCUUAAACCUUAGCAUCGUGAAUUUGGACACCGGCGAAGUCGAGGACCUCGGUCGUGAAGAGUUUGGGCGUUUCACCACCUGGGAACAGAUCUGUUCUUCCCCUUCCUUCGCACCUUGGGAGUCUUGGUGGAAGUUGCGUAGGAGGAGAAUGGAGUCUUUGUUUGAGGCAGCUGCAACUGGAGAUGCGGUACGGGUACGAGCUCUUUGUGAGCCCCCUUCUGCAAGUCUCUCUGAAGCCCCUGCUCUCUUAGAAGACCAGCCGUGUGAGAUGUCACUGGACACUAUGAAUGGAGAUGUAGGCCAGAUCCAUCCUGACACUCGGGGGCUGUAUGGGCGCACAGCUUUACAUGUAGCUGCUCAUUCAGGCCACGUGGGCUGUGUAUCGUCCCUGCUUGAGCUGGGAGCCAGCGUCGAUGCGCAGACGGAUGCCGGUUUCACCGCCCUACACCUCUGCUGCCAGCGUGGGCACCUUUCCGUGCUACAGGCCCUGCUGCUUGCGGCCGCGGAUCUCACGACACAAGCAGACCAGGGUGAGACGCCGCUGCACCUGGCUGCUGCACAUGGCCAGGCGCAUGUCGUGGCCUUCCUUCUCAAGAACCCUCGAAUGACUCGAAGUGAAGGCCCUGAAAAAAGCCCUGGCGUUUCUCUCCAGAGCAUCCGGAACCACUUUGGCCAGCGGCCCUCAGAGGUUGCCAGAGAUGCCGCCACCUUUCGGUGCUUUGAGGGAGAGACUGGCGUGGAGGGCGAGGGAUGCGGCGGCACCUACGACACGCACGACACCUACGCCGGCCGCACCAUGCUGCAGCUCCGGCCGCGGCUCGGUGAGCUUCGGCUGGGCCAGCUGAACUCCACAAGCGAGCUGGAGGAAGAGGGGGAGCUGGUGGAGCAAUACUUGCCGGAGGAUUGGCUCGAGUCAGAUACGGAGGAGCCACAAGAGCAACCCGCGCAUGCCGAUGCCGACGAUGCGGCGCCUGCGGUGCUGCUCCGGAACUCGCGCUGCGACGCGGUCCAUCGGUUGCUGGCGGCCUCUGAGGUCGAGGAGUUUCCAUCAGCUCCUCCGCCCAGGACGCGCAGCGCACGGCCCCAAUCCUUCCUGAGGCUACAGGAGAAGGAGCCUUCCGAGGCCGUCGGACCGGACUCCUUCAGCCUGCUGUCUCUUCUAGGCAAGGGCUCCUUCGGGGAGGUCUUCAAGGUCGCGGACCGACAAACGGGCCAGGUCUUUGCAAUGAAGGUGCUGCGAAAGCGAAAGAUCUUAAGUCGGAACCUGAUGCGCUACGUCCUGACCGAGAGGAAUCUCCUCUCCUAUAUCAGGCAUCCUUUCAUCGUGAGGUUGUAUCAUGCCUUCCAAACACCAAGCUGCUUAGUACUCGUGCUCCAGUACUGCCCCGGUGGCAACUUGUCGAUGCUGCUGCAGCGGGAGGGCGCCCUGCCCGAGGCCGUGGCACAGCUGUAUGUAUCGGAGGUCCUCCUUGCUUUGGAGCAUCUGCACGAGCGGCGAGUUGUCUACCGCGACCUGAAACCAGAGAACGUAGUUUUGGACGAAGAAGCUCACGCAGUACUCACGGACUUUGGCCUUUCAAAGGAGGGGGUGGACAAGUUCGGUGGCACCAAGUCCUUCUGCGGCUCCGUGGCGUACCUGGCUCCAGAGAUCCUGACGCGCUCGGGGCACGGGCGGAACGUCGACCUCUACGGUCUCGGUGUGUUGCUCUUUGAGAUGAUGGAAGGCGCUGGUUGUCCAGUACAUGGCGAGUCUAGCCGGCCCUAG